UGUCAAGCUGUGGGGCUGGAUCUCGCUGCUGUCUCCAGAAAAAGCUCUGCCCCUGGUGUACUGGUGGUUGGGCACAGCCUAGUACCAGUUAACAACGGCCAUCUCCUUGAUCGAUGUCUUUACUCUGUCCAGAUGUGUCCCUCACGUGAAGAAGUGGAUGCUGCUGGUGUUGCUGGCAUUACUGGGUAUUGGCGUCUUGAUGUCAUCCAGAAGUAUCUGGUCUCGUGCCGAGAAUCCGGGCGCGCUGGAAAGCACUCAGGUGAGCCCUCAGGCUGGCCUGCAGGUGCGAGUGCACAGAAUGGAGAAGGAGCUGGAUCAGUUGACCGCUGCCUUCCGGGCUCGGCUGGACUGGGGCGGUGAGUCGUCUGAAACCAUAAGCCUCCCUCUCUCGCUGACACCAGCCCACAUCAUCAAGCUGCUGGGCAAGGUAACCCUUCAGAACCAGGAUGAGCUUCAGAACAUGCUGCCCUUCGAGUCGCUGGAAAGGGUGGAGCCUGACAUCGCCGCCAUCCAGCAGAUGCAUGAGGAGCUGACGGAGCCGGCGCUGUCGCCAGAUGAUUGCAAGAUGAUGUUGCAGAAGGUGAAGGAAAUGGAAUCUGCUGUGGAAAGGUUGACAGAUGAACAGAAGCAGCUACUGACUGCACUGGCGCUGCUGGAGGAGCAGCUCAGCCAGACACGGCUGGAGCUGCAGGCUGCACGUGCGGGCCAGAAGGACGUGGACUCCAGCAUGCAAGCUCUGGAAAGCAGAGUUAAAAGUAUGAUUGAUGUAAGUUUUCCCAAAUAGUCUUUUAUUUAACUGUAAAAGGUCAAAGCUUAGCACUUCUUCUGCCUUGAAGAUGAUCAGAGAUUGAGAUGAAGAGGAAAGUGCGGAA